AUGGAUGCAGCAACGACCUCUCGUUUGCUUCCUCUGAUGAAGCUUUACGGUUAUGAUCGCAGCUGUUUGAAUCAUAAUUCUUCGAUGUUAUGCCCUCGGACUAGGCAUGCCAUGCCUAUCUGCUGCCAUUCAUUGGACGGACAACAAUCUCUUGAUAUCUUUUCACGCAAAGGAUCUGUUUCGUCUUUUGACUCAAACGAUAAAAAAAACAGCAUCCAUGGAGGAUUAUCUCUUCAUGUUCCAGUUCAGAGGAGAAAUCCAGUUGGGAAAAUGUUUUGUUCUGUGGGAGUGUGCCCUUACCCUGGAAAUGCUAUUGAAUCUCCUUCACACACUUCAGAGGAAAAGAUUGGAGUGCUGCUUUUGAAUCUUGGAGGACCAGAAACACUUCAUGAUGUUCAGCCAUUUUUGUUCAAUCUAUUUGCUGAUCCGGACAUCAUACGUCUCCCCAGGUUGUUCCAGUUCCUCCAGCAACCAUUGGCACAACUCAUAUCUGUACUCCGGGCUCCAAAAAGUAAAGAAGGGUAUGCUUCCAUUGGAGGUGGUUCACCUUUGCGAAAAAUAACAGAUGAACAGGCUAGUGCACUUAAAAUGGCACUGGAAGCCAAGGACGUCCCUGCAAAUGUCUAUGUUGCAAUGCGGUACUGGCACCCGUUUACUGAGGAAGCUGUUAAGCAGAUUAAGAGGGAUAAGGUUACAAGACUUGUAGUGCUGCCUCUAUAUCCUCAAUAUUCUAUCUCUACGACUGGAUCAAGCAUCCGCGUUCUCCAAAGCAUCUUCAGGGAAGAUGCAUACUUGUCAAGGCUACCAGUUUCCAUUAUACAGUCCUGGUAUCAACGAGAAGGUUAUAUCCAGUCUAUGGCUGACUUGAUUGAGGAGGAGUUACAGAUGUUCUCUAAGCCUCAGGAGGCCAUGAUAUUCUUCAGUGCUCAUGGAGUACCAGUCAGUUAUGUUGAGGAUGCGGGUGACCCAUACAAAGCUCAGAUGGAGGAAUGCAUUCAUUUAAUAAUGCAAGAACUGAAAGCAAGAGGAAUUAACAACAAUCAUACUCUGGCUUAUCAGAGCCGGGUGGGGCCUGUGCAAUGGUUGAAGCCCUACACUGAUGAAGUUCUUGUUGAGCUUGGCCAAAAAGGUGUGAAGAGUCUUCUGGCAGUUCCUGUGAGCUUUGUGAGUGAGCACAUAGAGACUCUUGAAGAGAUAGAUAUGGAGUACAAGCACUUGGCUCUCGAAUCUGGCAUUGCAAACUGGGGCCGUGUUCCUGCUUUAAAUUGCACCUCUUCAUUUAUCACUGAUCUGGCAAAUGCAGUCAUUGAAGCCCUACCUUCAGCAACGGCAAUGUCAACCUCAAAUACAUCUGAAGACGACGACCAUGACCCUUUUGGAGUUGAACAGGGUGGGAGGGUGAUGGAUGGUAUUGUGUUCCAACUGAAAACCUCUGUUACAGCUUGCACAAAGAGUGCAUAG